AUGGCAAUUUCGUUUCACUGGUCACACGGCAAGAGCCGUACCUUGUAUGUCGCAGCUCUGUUGUCGGUAAUCUACCUCUUCGUCUUCGGACCCCAGGGCAUUUCUUCGACAUCUACCGACCGCGCGCUCCCGGUCACCCAGCCCACCCGACCUAGCCCUGGGGUUGUAAUUGCUCAUGCGGCCGGCAAUGCGGCGGCUGGGCUUAGCAGCUCAGUGGCACAGAUCAAGGAUAAGUACUGGCCCGGAAGCCUCGUAUCGAGCGCGCCAAAAGCACUGCCAUCGUACUCGAUCAAACCACUUGUCUACGUCUUCCCACAAUUUCAUCCCAUACCUCAAAAUGACGAGUUCUGGGGAGAGAACUUCACCGAGUGGACCAACGUUCGAAAGGUAACUACCAAUACCUACGGAAUCGAUAUCAAGAAGCCGGCGGAAGCCAUUCAUGGCAUAGUCUAUCAUCAUUACUGGUUUGGCUAUCCCGUGAUGGACGGUGUGCUGAAAGCCAUGUUGGACGAUGGCCAUCCAGAAAUCCCGUUUAUGCUUAGCUGGGCGAACGAGCCGUGGACGAAAAGAUGGGACGGCGUGGACAAGGCUAAUGGGGACGGGACGUUGAUCGCUCAGCACUAUAAAGAUGUCGCUGGCUGGAAGGAACAUUUUGACUGGAUGGCUCCUUACUUCAGACAUAAGAACUACAUUCGUGUCAAUGGUAAGGUCCAAAUGGUCAUCUAUAACCCUUCCCACAUAGGGGACCUCGGGAAGAAGAUGUUCUCUGCGUGGCGCUUGUGGGCCGCUCAGGACCCGACUAUCGGCGGCAUGGACGUUAUCGAGACUGCGCUCGGCGGCGACAACCCCGACUCCCGUGGCCCUACCGAUGCAAAGAACGAAUUUGGCUUGAGAAGCGGAGGUGAAUAUGAUGCGACCGUAUGGCCUCAUCUUCCACGCACACACAAAAUCUAUCACAGAGGUGCACUGGUCGCAUGGGACAACUACCCACGACACCCCGCUGGUGGUAUCCGCUGGGCGGCGCUGGCUCUUGGCCAUCCGAAGCUUUGGAAAUGGAGCAUGAUCGAGAUGUUCGCCCGUAUCAAGUCAGAUCCAAACCCGCUCGGAGAGGAGAAUUUCCUUUUCAUCAACGCCUGGAACGAAUGGGGAGAGGGAAACGCUAUGGAGCCGUCGAUACAAGACGGCAACGGCUAUAUCGCAGCCCUUGACGAUGCCAUGGAGUACGCAAACAAGCACAUCCCAUGGACGCCACAUGAGUUACUGGAGAGUCUGGAAAUAGCGAAGGAAGUGAACAGUACGCAGAGCUCUGUCGACGUCUGCGUCAUAAUCCGCGAGUACAAACCGAGCUGGCCAUGGCAAGAGCUCCUGAGCUUGAGGUCAACGCUCAGAUCAUUGCGAGCAAUGAACAACAAGAGCUGGCGAGCAGUUGUUGCCCCUAUGCUUGCCGAGCCGGGCGACUGGUGGCGCAUGAUCGACAUGGCACUUACUGACGCUCAUGAACCGAGAGCUGUAAGAGCCGAGAUACCUGAAGGGAUGCGAAAGAAGGCAGACGAGCAUGCAGACGGAGCCGAUGUUGUUGACUGGGUCAUGAAAAAUCUCAAGAGCAUUAGCCCAUCUUGCAGCACUGCCAAGUACCUGCUGAUAAGCAAUUCGACCCACCAGUACGAAAGGGACUCCUUCGAUCACCUCAACAAGACUAAAGCAGAUAUCGUGGGCAUCAACUUCGAAUCCAGAGGCUCUAUGUCCCGGAAUGAUAAGGAGAGCCCUACGUGGGAUGAACGCUGCAAACGCUUUGAGGGUUAUUUUCCCUGCACGGGCAUGACAGCUGACUCUAAAUUGGUCGAUCUCGGUGCACUCUUCUUCAAUAUGGCUAGGUGGCAGAGUGAAGGCAUAUCACUGGCAAGGUACACCGAGAGCGAUGGACAUACUAAUAUCCUGAAGGAACUCGCAUACAAGCCAAGCCCGUGGACCUACACAAUGUCGGAGCUCAAAUCUGACGAGGGCCAAGCAUGCGAGGAUGUGAGACUGGACCAGGAGAGUGGAACGGCUUUUUUAGCGUGUGGCUACCCCACAACCCGCAAAGCCUUCUACCCAGCCAUUCUCAACGUCGACAAAACCUCCGCCCCAACCUACCGCGAAUACUUCCUCAAGCACCACCUCGACAGCAACACAACCACCCAACUCAACGUCAUCGGCUGGGAAGGCGACCUAGUGCUUCACGGAAUCGACCUCGUCACCAAUCCCAUCAACCCGCAGUCCUUGACCCUGUGGGCCGUUAACCACGACCGCCGCCACGAAUCGAUCCUCAAAUUUGCCCAUAUCUUGGGGUCCAACGAUCUCGUCUUCGAGAAGGAGUACGUUCAUGCUCUCAUCAAGACCCCCAACGCUGUCGCCGCCUCAGGGCCGGAGUCCUUUUUCAUAUCCAACGACCAUUAUACCUACCCAGCCGCACACCUCUUCAGCUGGUACUUCCGCGUCGCGGAAGCCCUGCUCGGGCCUUUCAAAUGGGCAUCAGGGAUUGUGCACUGUGAUGCGGCCUCGGGCACGCUCGAAUGCAAAGACGUGAGUCCGGCGGGCCAGCAUCCAGCCGCGAACGGGGUGUUGCUGGUCGAUGGUGGUAGAACAUUGGCCGUGAAUGAGAUUGUCAAGGGUACAACCACGAUCUAUGACGUCGACCCGACCAGCAAGAUGCUGAAAGUCCGAGAUGAAAUCUAUCUCGCGCGCCGGCCGACAACGUGUCUGAGGUCCCUGGCUCGGGCGAUCUGGUUGUGUGUGUUUUCCCAUCUCCACAUCAACUUCGUCAUGCACUGUCGCCGGGACAAAUCCUCAACACCACGCUCCACACCGAAGCCGCCGUCCUGCGCAUUCGAAAAGAUCCAGCCACGAAACAAUUCAGUAGGACUCCGGAAGUUUUGUAUUGGGAUGAUGGGAGCUUGA